GUGGAGCGCAGAGGCUGUGGGCAGCAGUAACGCACGCUGCUUGCCAGGGAGAAGGCUUGCCUGUGGUGCUCAGAAUAGCUGGGAGGAAGGAGGGCUCUCGGGCUGCUGAGGGAAAGGGCUAUUUGAAGUCCAAAUUGUAAAUUACUUUUUGUGCUAUACUUAAGGUUUAUGUCGUGGCUUCUGAAAACGAGGAAAAACAUUUUUGCUUGGAUUUUUCUCUUCUUGACAGUCAGUAUAGUGUUCAACUCUUUUUACUGGAGAGCGUUUUUUAACAGGAAAAUUUAAGUUUUAUGUAUGGGCGUAAGUUAGUGGAGGUCUUGGUGUCUCUCUAAGUGCUGGUGUUGAUGACUGAAUUGAAACUGUGCUUUCCGAAGGCUGUUGGGUAAGAUCCCCGAAUAGAUUGAAUGACUGUUCAUUGCAAAAAGGAUCAGGUGCUUGUGUUGUUGAGGAGAGGGGAGGUCAAACACCCAUUUCUAAACAUUUUCUUGAGAUGGGAUUUUUUUGUACAAAAUAUUGCCUCUGCGGAUCUGCAAUAAACAUUUUAUACAGGAUUUUUCUGUAAAGCCUCACACCUUUUUAUUGGGACUGACUGGAGCACUUCACUGGGAAAAAACACUUUUCAAAGGAAAAUGUUUUCUUUGGUGGUAGCAGUUUAUUAACAAGUGAUAAAAGCCUCAGCCUUUUUUUCGGAGCUGUUGCGUUGCCUCAUUCCUGCAAAGAAACAUGAAGAUCUUAAAGCGUGCUGUGCAUAAUCUUUCAUGUGGUAGAACUACAUGGAAUUGGCACAUUCAGGAUCCAGCAAGCCAGCGGUUGACAUGGAACAAACCUCCCAAGAGUGUCCUUGUUAUUAAAAAGAUACGUGAUGCCAGUUUGCUGCAGCCUUUUAAAGAGCUUUGUGUGUAUCUCACUGAGGAGAACAAUAUGAUAGUGUAUGUAGAAAAAAAGGUAUUGGAAGACCCCGCUAUAGCUAAUGAUGAGAAUUUUGGACCAGUGAAGAAGAAAUUUUGCACCUUCAGAGAAGAUUACGAUGAUAUCUCCAAUCAGAUCGACUUUAUCAUAUGCCUGGGAGGAGAUGGGACCUUACUUUAUGCUUCUUCACUUUUCCAGGGUAGUGUACCUCCAGUUAUGGCUUUUCAUCUGGGAUCCCUUGGAUUUCUUACUCCAUUUAAUUUUGAGAAUUUUCAGUCCCAAGUCACUCAGGUUAUAGAAGGCAACGCAGCACUUGUUUUACGAAGCAGGCUGAAAGUGAAAGUAGUAAAAGAGCACCGAGAGAAAAUGACAGUCCAAAAUGGUAUAGAGGAGAAUGGGGUCAUGUCUACAAACGUAGAGAAAGAAGUGGGCAAGCAAAUUAUGCAAUAUCAGGUCCUGAAUGAAGUUGUAGUGGAUCGUGGUCCUUCUUCUUACCUUUCCAAUGUAGAUGUCUUUCUAGAUGGACACCUUAUAACAACAGUGCAAGGAGAUGGAGUCAUUGUCUCCACGCCGACUGGUAGCACCGCGUAUGCAGCUGCAGCAGGAGCCUCUAUGAUUCACCCAAAUGUUCCUGCAAUAAUGAUCACCCCAAUCUGCCCUCACUCAUUGUCUUUCAGACCCAUCGUUGUUCCUGCUGGAGUGGAACUCAAGAUUAUGCUCUCCCCAGAUGCCAGGAAUACAGCAUGGGUUUCAUUUGAUGGAAGGAAGAGGCAGGAAAUAUGCCAUGGAGACAGUAUUAGCAUCACUACCUCUUGCUAUCCCCUUCCUUCGAUCUGUUUCCGAGACCCUGUGAGCGACUGGUUUGAAAGCUUGGCUGAGUGUUUACACUGGAAUGUUCGGAAGAAGCAAAAUAACUUUGCUGUUGAAGAAGAAGAAUUUUGAGUGUCUACAUCUAACAAGACUCAUGGGAAUGGAAAGUGGCAGUAUCCCUUCUAUAUGCUUGGGGGUUUAAGUUUUUGACUAACAAGUGUGGUCACCAUCUCGGAUAUAUAGUGAUUAUAGUUCAUAUCUGUCUGAUCUGCUGUUGGAUGGAAAGUGUUGAGCUUCUUCCUGUCAUCCUUGAGAGGAAUGGAGAAAUUAGGCUCUGAUUGUUGUAAUCCAGUUUGAAUUUCCUUUAAUUGAGCAAUUUGAAAAUGUUUUUUUUGAUUGUUUUGAACAGCAUCAGGAGACUUGAUUGUAACGUAUAACUUACCAAUAACAUGGUAGGCUGAAUGUAGACACGUAACAGAAAUAUGGCAGUAAAAAAGUGGCAUUAAAAUAGUCUGGUUAAUUUGGUAUAUUUGUAAUUCUAUGCAUAUAAAAGCUCUAAGAAAUUUUCUUUAAAUAAAAAAAAAAGCUCCUCUUUGUUAGCUUAAAUGUGUCUUGCCCAGAACAGCUACCCAUCAAGACAGCACUUAAAAUACUUCCUCCUUACUUUUGAAUGCGACACACUGUGAAGAAACACCCAUGAAGAAUGUUUUUUAUGAAUAGAUGGAACCUAAAACAAAAAUAUGUUUUACAUGUAUAUAUGUAUCUCUUAUGCCCAUUUGAACAGUGUUUGACCUUUGGCUGUCAUCACUGUGUAAAUAGCCACAAAUGGCGUGGCGAGCAUUACUGUGGGCAUAGUUGGUCACGACAGUGAUCUUCAUUUUUGUAGCUGAGAUGGUUUUAGCUCUGCAGUUCCUGUUGGUAGGAAUCAUCAGUGUGUUGGUUUUCCUUUUUUUGUUUGGUUCUCUGGAAUAAAUGAUAGCAUUAGACACUAAAAAAGGAAUCCUCCAAGUGUUCAAGAAGAAUCUGGACUUCCAUUAGGACUGUGUAGUAUAGUUCCAGAAAAAUAAUAUCCUAUAUUAGACCCUGAAUGCCCUCAACUUCUACAGACACCUCCCAUCUCUUGGUGCUUUGUAAUACGGAAAGGGAUACUGUGUUAGUAGGCUGAUAAAUGAGAGGACACAUUCCCAGUAGAGCAGCAACGGUGCCUUCAGCACACUCAAGAUAUUCUAAGUCUCAUAUUUACUUUUUUAAGAUGCUUUCAGAUGUUUCUAACUUCUCUAUGUACAUAUUUUAUUGUAUGUGCUUUUAUGAAAGAAAACCAAAACCCAACAGAAAUCUAGUUGGGGGAAAAAAGGGUUUGUACUGUAUUUAACUAAAAAAUAUCAAACCCAAGUAUAAUGUUUACAUUUAUGUUCUCUGUGAUGCCGUCUCAUGAUCAUACUAUCCAAAAUUCAGCAUUUUCACAGUCUUGCUGCAUUGGUCAUUAAAGGAAUGGACAUUAUCUGUUCAAUUUAAGCCUGUGGCAUAACAUUGUGCAGGAAUUAAUUUACUAAUUAAGGUGGGGUUUCCUUGGAAGUGGAGUGAGAAACUGUUGAAUUUUUCACGAGUGUCUUACAUUGUUUAUGUGGUCCAAAGUGGUAAUGGGAAGUUUAUUCAUUUCCAAGCUCUGCCUACCCUGCUGUCCUCCGAUAGUUUAAAUAAUAUCUCUUCCAUUUUGGAUGCUGCCCUAGUCUGUCUAAUUUUACUAAAUCCAGGUGAGAGCACUUUUCUGUAAAAGAGAUGCAAACUCUCGGUUAAUGAUACAAAUCAUAAUGAAAAUGUGCUAAGUUAAAUUAAUACUCAGUGUGUACAUUUUGUAAAAUAGAAUAUUGGUUUGAUUUGGUCAAAACAGGUGCAUUUUGUGAUAUCUCGGAAGAUAUCCAGAUAGCUUUUGGGAUUUAUCUUUCACUUGAAUCUGCAGUAAUUGUUUAAUCACUGUUUUGAAGCUGCUUACGGGUUUCCUAGGUGGAGUAUUCAGUUAUUAAAUAACUGUUUACUUUUUGAACUGUAGAAGAGUCAGACUUUUUGCUUUGAAACUAUUUUAUUUAAACAUGCAAUAAUUGAGGAAAGGAACAGGGUAGAGUGGCUCUAUAAAUGUAUUGUUAAGUGGAAAACAAGCAGGAUAGACACUAGGAAGUGGAAAUCAUUUUGCAGAGGCGAGGCAAGAUGAUUAAUGAGCCUUAUCUAGUAUUUUUUUAAAGAUAAAACUAUAUUCAGCACUUUUUAUUUAUGCUUUUUAUAAUAGUAAAUCUAUUAUUGGCUAAACUGCCAAACUUUAAUUUUCAGAGUGCAUAGUUCAUGAAAUCUGUCAUCAAGACUUACCGAACUACUUUCUCUAGAUUAGAUCUAGAUCUAGAUUAGGAGUUGUCUUCAAAUUUAUCACGUGCUGCAAUUGCGUUAACUGGCUGUGAGGCUUCUGCAGUUUUGCUUGUACAACUCUUGCUGCUUGAUACCGAUCUUAUUUGGACGGCUGCUCAGCCAAGGAGAGAGCUGCAAUUACUGAAUAAAGGAGGGAGUCACAUCAGGACUUCAGUCUUUGCUUUUUCUUCAAGAAAAAGCUGCGUUGAUUAGAAUUCCACAAGCUGCUUUAUAUCAAAACUCAACCCAAAUUGAGUUAAUAGAUUACAGAUUUAUCAAAGUGUACAAAAGUUACUUUGCAAGGCCUUUAAUCUGCAAACCCAUGAUUCACGAGCAGACUGGUGAGGUUUGAACAGCGCUUGAGUUUUCCUGAUUUAACUGCUUGAAAUGUGGGUGACUUCUGUUCGAACCACAGCUGAACCAGACAAAGUUGUAAUGCAGACUUCAAUAUAUUGGCAAUAAAAGCUUGUUUUGCUGAGGUAGCUCACUCAGAGUAACUUGUUUAAACUGUACUAGUAAAAUAGGGGUUUGCUGAUUAAGAACAGUGUGUCUAAAAUAAGGGUUUGUAAACGUCACGGUACCUACAAAUCCUUUCCAGCCCACAAAGGGCCAGAAAGGACACUUGGAAAUUAAUUUGUUGGGUUUUUUAAAAAAAAUAAGUUAUUCUCUAGUAGAGAGUUUAAGAAAUUAUUAACCACUGAUGUAGUAUGGAAUAAAGCAGUGUACUGAAUUUUUAAAAGAGGAAAAAUCCUGUUACAUAUUGUUAAUGCUUUGAAAAACUUGUUUUAAAUAUUGUUGAAAACAAAUAUUUUUCAAUCCUUUCAAUAAAAUCUUUUUGUAAAGUUG